GGCGGGCGGGCGGGAUGUGCUUGAGGGUCCUCGUCAACUGCGCAUGCGCCGUGUGACCCGUUGCGCGCCUGGUGCAGCUGCAGCUCCCUCUCAGCUCACUGCUCCACUUCCUGGCACAACAUCACAAUUAUUUAUUCGCCACAGAGCCCGGCGGACCUGCGCUUCCCCGGAGAGUUUUUGUCUGCCUCUGCACGGACAGAGCACGGACGGAGCACGGACGGAUCUCCGCCGGGCCGGCCUCAGCCGCCGUGGGUCCCCGUAGGAAGGAAAGCGUCGGCGCUCCUGUGUGCUGUAGAGUGCCAGAAAAUCUGCCAGAAGGCUCGCCAGACCUACAAUGGCUUACCAACCUGAGCAGGAUUCUUUACGUUAAUGCUGCAUGAAAUUCAUCCUGCCUGACAAGAAGUGUAUGUUUGGCUGCCCUGAUGCUCGGAUUACAAGGAACUGCGUCAUCUACCAAAGUGUACCGCUGUGUGGCAUGUUCAGCCACCUUCAAUGGACUGGCCUCCCUGCUGGUCCACCAGGCAACCCAUGCAAGUGCUUUCUCCAAGGCCUCCGCCUCCCCUCCGUUACAGACUAACAACGGCUCGAAUGAAAAGCUGUUUGUAAGUACGGACUCCUCCAGCGCGCGCCCGAACCCACCGCUCCUGCCUGAGAGCCCUUCACCGUCCUUCUACAUUUGUGAUUGUGGAGAGGAAUUUCAGGACUUUGGUCAGAUGUUGGAGCAUAAACGUUCACAUACCUCUCAAAUGCAGUUACUGCAGCCUUUGAAUAAUAAUCUCCCCGUGAGAUCUAGCUGUGAUAAGGAUUUUCCCACCCAACAUGCGUCGUGCACUCCUGAAACCCAGUCAGGUUUAGUUCUCAGCUGCCCUUCUACCUCCAAGUCCCCUGCUGCUGAAUUGCCCAUAUUAACAGCUCACAAAGCAGAUGUAGGCCUGGAGGAUGGGGUUGCCAUGGUAACCAGCCCUCAAGGCCAGUGUACACCCCCUCGAGAUGACGGUGAGAAGCAACUUCAGCACAUGUCGACCGCAGCAGAGCAAAUACAAGAGACUGUAGAGAACAUGCAUUUCCAGGAAAAAAACUAUUCUGUUAAUAGCAGCGAAGAGAGAGGGAAUUUGCCCCAGAAGAACACCCUGAUGAAGCUGCUGGCAUCAGCUUACAUGAAACGUUUUCCGCUUCCUCAGUCUCAGAAUCGCAACGAAAACACGGUCGUCCCCAAGCAGGAAGUUGUGCCUGUUGAUAUAACCGCAGGAGCAAAAUCGAAGGUGUCACCGGUCAACGAUCACUCUAUUGUGCAGCUGAGGCGACUGCUCACGAAACCUGGCAUAAAAACAAAAGCUCCGUCCAUUAGCAGAAUACUGGAGUCCAGUAAGAAAAAGGUUGUCUCUCUAACUAAGACUCUAUCGCCCGUUGUGGUCCUCGAGACGCGCCAAAAGCUCCUGGAUCCUAGUGGUAAGGGUGCAUACGGGAAAUAUCAAUGUGGCCGCUGCCGUAGGGUCUUUCAGAACUUGAACAGAUUGACUGAGCAUCAUUUUUUGCACAAAAAAGAGAGGAUUAAAUGUUGCCGUCGCUGCAAACAGCUGAUUAUUGGGUGGAUGCCCUUGCCUGAUAAUCAUGUAUGUUCGGCAUUAGGAAACAAGUCUAUACAGCCAUCAAACCCUUUAAAAAGCAAGUUUCCUUUUGCCCCCAAAAUAAUGCCAUUUCAUAGUCUCAACAGUAAAAGAAAAGUUUUCUUUUGUCCAUUGUGCAAGCACAGCUAUGCACGCAGGUGGAACCUCAAAAACCACAAGUGUCAUGGUCCAGUGUCAGUCCUCUCUCGGCAGACUACUCCCUUAGUUCAGAAAAUGCUAUUACACAGGUCGAACAGUAAUGCCAGAACUGAUAUAGACGGCGUUCAUGCUGCAGCUCAGAAGAGUAUUGCUGUGGGCACUGAUCACAUCAAGGUAGAGGUGACCUCUCCAAGCUCGGAUGCCUCUGCAGUUUCACAUUUGGCCUGGGCUCAACCUGCAAAACACUUCUCCCCAUUCAGCCCCAAAUCUUCCUUGAUGGAAAACCCCAAGGAUCCUUCUCUGUGUGGGAUUUCACUCCAGCAGGGAGAAGAAAACAGCUGGGGCGCAGAAUCACCCAGCCAUGAAGACGCUAAUGAAGGGCAGUGGACAAUGCCCUUGGAUGAUGAAAUGGAGGCGAUUCAUUCCACAGAGGAAGCUGGCGAGGACGAAGAAAUGAAGACAUCGAUGUCAGUCGAACAUGUAGAACUGGCACCCCAAGGCCUCCGCUAUUUUGUCAGAGACGGCGUUCGACGUUACCCUUGUAAUAGGUGUCAGAAAACCUAUAGUCGAGCAUCUACUUUGAGACGCCAUCUGAGACUUUGUGGGUUUAGGCCACGUGCACUGGGCAUUGUGACACAGAGUGUCAGUCAGAGCGCCACUACGCUCAAUGCAAACUGUAUGGAAAAACUGUUUGCCUGUUAUGUAUGCGGGAAAACCUUUAACCGCAAAGAUAACAUGAUGGCUCACAGAAAGAAAUGUCAGUUUCGACGAACGGUGUCAGAUGUUGAAAGAGUGACCGCGCAGCCGAGCAUGCCAGGCACUGCAACUACGGACUGUCAAACAAAGGAAGACGACGGAGGCAAUUGGGGCAUCAUGUCACUACCCUCUGUGCUGCCAAGAAGAGUGACAUGUGAGUGUGGGGUUGGAUUUACGUCCCCGAGGUUACUCCUGGAGCAUCUGCAGAAGCAUGCGCAAGAAUCGUACACAUGUCCGACUUGCGGGGAGACUGUUAAUUCUUGGGCGGACUACGAGGUUCAUCUGCAGAUCCAUAUGCAUCCUCAUCACCAGCUGCUGAAGGGACUACAGCCACAGCGAUCCCAGCCUCUACUACUGCGAUUUCAACAGCAGCAGGCGCCACCACCACCACCACCACCACCAUCAAAAUCCCCAUCACCAUCAGGGCAUCAGUCUCCACAGAAACAACCAAACCCAGAGCCACUAAUAAGUCUAACAAAAAAGCAGCAGCGCAUUGUAUGCACACGUUGCGGGAACACUUUUGCGACCCGCUGUUCCCUUCGAAGGCACAUAUCCUGGAAUCGAUGCAAAGGUGGACGGGUAACAAAUCUGAUCACAAAUCCACCCAAAACGUACCACUGCUCCCACUGUAACUCUGACUUCCCCAACGCUAUUAGUCUGAUAUUUCACCAGAGGAGUGGAGCUUGCAAGCCUGCCAUCAAGCCCGUUCGUUGUCCUGUUUGUCUUCGCUGGUUUGGUACCGUGGACAGUUUGCAGAAACACCUGCUUACGCACAAACAGUCUGAAUCAUUUUCCUGCGAUGUCUGUCAGGGCACAUACCCAAACCUUAAAUCGCUCAAAAACCACCGCAGGAGGAUUCAUCGAAUCAUGGCUGGAGACACACAGCCAAAAACACAAGAAUAGCUCAUUUCCCAGCAGAAGUACAAAAGUGGUGCAAAUACGAAAAUAACUAAUUUUAUUACACUUUUUUUUUCAUAUCUGACAUCUUUUAGUGUAACUUUGCUGAAGUUACUUUGACAUUGUACAGCUACAUGAAAUAUUUAAGCAACUUUUACGUUUCAUGUUAACUUGGCACUGUAAAAAGAAAACAGCAGCUUUUAUUAUACUGUAGGUUUUAGUUACAGUAAUCUUCAUAUUAUCUUCAUUAGGCUCUACAGGAUUAUUAGUAUUUGGUAGUUGCACUUUUAUCACGGAAUUGGUGGUGUAGCUUGUUGUUAUUGGUGUUAAUAAAAAUACCAGUGUGUGAAACAA